AUGGAGCCUCUCACACAGCGUUGUUGCGGCGUGUCCGCGUCGUCUGCCAGACGGUCGUCGUCGUCGUCGUUGGCGGCGGCGAGAACGCGGUUGUUUAUUCCCUUCUGUAGCGUCCUUCUCCUGCUGGCCUGCCACGCAGCCUGCGCUGCAUCGUCGGCGAGCGAUGAAGGCAUCGACCACGGGCACGCAAGAGGCAAGAGUGGCGCGGCAGCGCACCACAUCGACAGCAGCAUCGGCCACAUCGCCGCACCGAGCACGAGUGCGCAGACCGGCAGAGCUGCCUCAGCACCGAUGCGUCACACAACAGGGACAACACGCGCGGCCGGCCUGCCGACAUGCCAGGAGCUGUACGCCACGUUCCCCUUCUCCUCCUCGCCGCUACUGUCGGGUGACUGCGUGCUUCCCCGCAUCAGCAAGCAACUGACCGGCGACCGCAGGGAGGACCUCCUGCAGCGAGCCUCGUCGGCGGAGGCGGCGGCGCGCAUCUUCACCUGGCACAUCGGGCCACGCACACCGGCGCACCAAGCCCCGCUGCAGAGCACGUUCCCGAGCUACUUCAUGAACGUCAGCACCGCUGCCGCCGCUACAGCCGAUGGAUCGCGGCUCUCCAGCGGCGCCGCUGGGGGCGUGCAAGGAGAGCUACUGUCCGAUGCUGCAACGGCGUGGCGCGUGCGCAGCUACAACGCCCUGUACUCGGAUGAAGGACGUGCAGCGGCUGGCUCUCUCUCCUCAGGCCGGCACCGCGGCACCGCCGGCGUCCGAAGUGGAGCGCACGGCAGCAAUGCACAAGCGGGCAAGAGAGGUGGUGACGCAUCAUCGUUGUCGCUCAUGAGGUCUGUGCGCGCCGUCGUACAACCCAUCGCCAGUGUUGUUGCGGUUAUCGUGGACCUGUCUGGACUCGGGUAUUACGUCCGGUGCUCCGUGACGGAGGUCACUGCCAACCUGCGCGUGUUUGCGUGGCGCAGCGCCACGGCGUGGGCACAGGUUUUCAUGCGCCGACGGGUGGUUCUGCGCAUUCAUAUUGAAUCGUGGUUCGGCCCGGCCGCAGCAGCGUCGGUGGCGGCUGAUGAGGGCGUCAACAAAGGUGGUGCCGGGGGCGGCGAUGGCACGGCACAGAGCGGCAUGCCCGCUCACGUGAUGCUCUCCCGCAUGGCGAUGUCGACCUACAGCUCGACUUCGCUGCUUCGCGUGGUUUCCUUUCCGCCCGUUGUGCAACUCGUGCCGAGCACGCAGUCGCGCCCGGCAGCCGCGUCGUUUGUAUGCUCGCUACCGGCCGUCCACGCAGCCUCGCUGCUACUCGAGGAAGAUGCGGCGGCACGACGGCGAGAAGCUCAGCAAGCGGCGGCAGCGGCGGGGGUGGUGGUGUUCCCAAGAGGGCGACGGCAGCGUGCACGCACAGGUCCGCCGUCGUCCCCGCCGAGCACGCAACCAUGGACGGUGUCUAUCAUGAAGGAUGUGGUCAGCCUUGCCGCCCGCUUGCUCUUGGGCACGAGCCGCGGGGAUGACACGGCAGCCGCUGCAGCGGCUGCGUGGUCACGUGCGACGUCUAUUUCGGCCGAUGACGGUGUCUCGAGGUCGGCUGCUGUUGCCGCUGCACGCGGAUUCCUGGCUCGUGUACGAGAGGAGCUGGGCCCACAUCAGAACUUUGGCGAGUCGGUUCUCCCCAUCGCCCUUCAGCAGAUGGUCGGCAGCCGCACGAUGCACACGCACGCGCAACUCGUGGAGAAGGAGGUGGUCGUGGAAGGUGAGGUGCAGGAGACGUUUUACCUGCAGUGGGAAGCGUCGCUGCCGGCCGGCAAACCGAUGUGUUUCGCACUCGCAGCCCUGCCGCCGUCCUCGUCCAACAUGGGGGCGGCCGCGGCGGGCACGCCUCUUCAGUCGCCCGCCGCAGCCGAUCAUCUUCCAGUGUCGUUGGAGGAGACGUGCAGCUUCGAUGUUCUGUGGCUGCAGAUGCUCAUCAUGGCAUGGGUGGUGUGGCAGCUCGAGCGGCACGUCGCGCAGAGCCCUCUCGUGAAGCAGCUUGUGACGGGCCUUUGCGGCAUUCUGCUGCUGCUGCUCCUGCUUCUCUGGUACGUGAUCCGCCGUCUGCAGGGCACCUCGCUCCAGCUGGCCAUGCUUGCCAUGGCGUUGCUGCUGGGUGGGUCGACGGCGAUGAUGGACGGUCUUCUGAAUGCCGUGAGGAGCAUCCACUACGUGAUCCUGUCCCUGUCAGAGCCCGCGUCAGGUGGUGGGCGUGGGUGGGCCGGUGCUGAAGGCGGCGGCGACGCGGAUGACGACUCCUCUUCCGCACUGAGUGUCCUCGUGGUUCUCGGCUCCGGCCUUCUUGUGCUCAUGUGCGUCGGCAGCGGAAUCCUGCUCCACUGGCUCGUCCCGCCCGCUAUUCUGCGCGCCGCAACGUUCUGGUGCGUGCGGGUGCUGCUCUGGACACUAUGGGGGCUGUGCGCACUGCGCAACACCGAGGCGACAGCGGUAGCGGUUCUCCUGCGGACACUGUGGCAGGCGCGGUCGCUUGCAUGCGCCACGCCGUGCUUCUCAUCGCCGGCAGAGCACGGCAAGCGCGUUUGGUUUUCAGACAAUGACCCGCUUGAAGAGGUGCCGCCGGACGCGCGGCAAGCGCGUGGGUACGUGACGCCGCUGACGGUCUCCUCGUGGGCCCCCACCUCGGGCAGAAGCGGCAGGGGGUACGCCAGUCUGCUUACCUCGGAGGCCCGACUGAAGCGCUACGAGGAGGAGGGUGCGGAGUGCACUCGGCAUGCGCUGGAGGCGCUGGCAGCGCACCUGCGCGCCAAUCCGGGUCGCUACGCGACGCGGCUUCGCGACCCGAAUGCCGUGCAGCACUGGGCUGGCGCCGCGAGCACAGAGACGGACGAAGAGGCGGAAGAGGUGACGGCGGCAGGGUAG